UAUGGGGUAUAAUAGUAUUUUUGUUUUUAUUUUCAAUAAAACGUAUCUUGUAUCAAAGGUAUUUGAGAGUCUUCACUAAAUAGGACUUUUAUUUUGAAAUAUGAUUGGUAGACGCGUGUUCUGGAUGGACAGCCGCAGCCAUGGCAAAUCCUUACCCGUUGUAAAUCGUUAAUUCUUAGUUUACGAUGUUUAGAGUAAGAGUUAAAAGUAGUUGUAUUUAUGAGCCGUUUACUUCGUUAACAGUAGACAGUUUAAACAUGUUUCGUCAGGCUGUAAAGAAACUAGGUAUCUAUCAUAAUGCCCAGAUUCGAUACUUUGAUGCCAGAUGCAGGAAAACAGAUUGUGACGACAGCAAUGUCCACAAUUAAAUGUGUUGUCGUUGGAGAUGGAGCAGUGGGUAAAACCUCCCUUUUGGUUUCAUUUACAAACAAGUUCCCAUCAGAACCAACAGUGUUUGAUAACCAAGCUGUGACUGUAAUGGUUGAUGAUGAACCAUAUACCAUUAGAUUAUUUGAUGCUGCAGGUCAGGAUCAAUUACGACCCUUAUACUAUCCCCAAACUGACGUCUUCUUAGUUUGUUUCUCUGUAGUUUCUCUGUCCUCCUUUGAAAAUGUAAAAGAAAAGUGGGUGCCUGAGAUAACUUAUCAUGCUCCGAAAACCCCCUUUCUGCUGGUUGGAACUCAGAUUGACCUUCGAGAUGAUCCUUUAACUAUUGCAAGGCUUGCAAAAAUCAAACAAAAGCCAAUCAAACAAGACACAGCUGAACAACUAGCCCGAGACUUAAAGGCAGUGAAAUAUGUUGAAUGCUCUGCUCUAACGCAGAAAGGACUCAAGAAUGUAUUUGAUGAGGCGAUAUUAGCAGCUCUGGAGCCCCCAGGAUCCCAGAAGACAUGCAAAUGUGUGGUUUUAUGAACUGGACACAGAAGGAUCAACAAAGACGAAUCUGGGUGUAAACAAAUAGGUUUGUUUUAUUUUUGUACAGGUUUAAUCAGGAAAGUAUCAGUAGCUAUUACUCAACAGGUUUUUAUCCCCCUAUCAUUUACUUUGUUACUCAUAUCACAUGAUGAGAUGAUAUAUGUACAAAUUGUACUAUAGUGCCUUAAAGAGUUUAAUGACGCUUUACAACAAAGAUAUGCAGAUAUGGUAGGGUAGAGUGGGACAAAUUUUUUUAUUUAAUUUGUCUAAUAAGGAAGGACAAUUUUGAAGUAAAUACUGUAAUUUGUGUGUGGAUGUCCGUCCUCAGCUUAAUUUAGAAGACUUUACAGAGCCAUAUGAAUAUGUCUUGUGUCAGGUUUGGGGUAAAUUGUGUUAUUUCAAGUGUCACUGGGGAGAUUUUAUUUUAAAUAAAAGUAUGAAAAAAUAUUUACACACAAACUAUAUUAUUUCAAUGUGGUGACAAAAAUGUUUUUUGUUUUUGCCAAGAGUGAAAAACUGACCAAAAUCACUUUGCUCUUGUUUUUCUCUAGCAUGUGCAGCUGUAUAUAAGAUUGGCCCGAUUUAAAUAUUUGGUCACAUAAUGAAAAUCAAUUUAAGGGGCAAUACAUUUUAACUCACUCCCCAAAUAUUUCAGUUUUAAACAAUCCCUAUAAACAGUAGCAGUUCCAUAAAUCCAAAUGUACAUAUUAAAAUAAGGAUUUAAAAGUUAUGACAAUGUGUACAGACAUAAAUUCAUGUUAGGGGAACAUGUCUGAAACCCAAGUUCUUAAUGAUGGCCCUCCUUAUUAACACAAAACAUGAAUCACUCAGUUUAAAGGAUAGU